UAAAAUUUGGAGCAUUUGGUUGAUAAUUUGUGAUGACUAGUUUGCUGUAAUUUCCAAGUGGCUUUUGUUAGGGUUACUGAUUAGUUUUUGUUUGUUUCGAGUAGAGAGAAGUUCUACAAUUUUAUUUUUGUUCGUUUGUUUGUUAGCUUCAGUACAGAAGUCGUUUUCGUGCACCUGACCUUUAGUUACGUUUUGUCUAGAAGCGAAUGGAUGCCUUGCGGAUAUUUGAUUGAAAGUUAUUUUAUGGCUUGUUUGGCUACUGAGAAAGAUAGAGAUGAAGACGAAAGAAAAUCUUGAAUCUGCUGUUUUGGCUUCCAGGAAUUGUGAACUUGCUUAAAGUAGCCAAGAAGUUGAAUUAUCUGCAAUUAAAUAUUGUGUUACUUGGAAAAUUUCUAUUCGAUUUGUCUUUUCCUCUUCCACUAAUUUUCAGAAAUCAAAUAGGGCCAUUAAAAAAGAUUCAGUGGUUAAUGCUUAAGCAGUUGCUUGUUUUAUCUGUGUUAUGCAUCACUGGUGCUCAUUUACACGAUGAUCUAUUGGAAGCAAACUUAGUAUCUCCAACAAUAGCACCUUUUGCAGCGCCUGCUAUUCCUGAUCUGCCCCUGCCAGCCAAUCGACCUUUGUUCUAUAAAUCACAUUUGAAACAUUUUUCGCCUCGUGGUGCUCCAAAGCUUGUUCUAUCACCAUCUGAGCCUCCAUAUUAUGGCCCACUGAUAACUGCAACUCACCCCCCUUCAAGAUCACGUUUGUCGAAAUUAUCAAUGAAGAAGAGUGGCGUGGCGCCUCCCAGUGAAGGCCUUGCACCUCCUCGCUUGGCAAAUAUUUCCCCAAUACAAUCCACCGGUGGAACAAUUCCUUCCGGUUUAGCUCAGCCACCGCUAUCUCCUUACUCCUCCAACUGUUGUGGACCAGACACGGUGCUGAAACGAGGGAGCGAGGGUUGCAAUUGUGUAUACCCAAUAAAGCUUGACCUUCUCCUUUUAAAUGUUUCAUCAAACCCAAAUUGGAAUACUUUUCUACAAGAAUUUGCUUUGCAACUUGGUUUGCAGGUUCCUCAGAUUAAUUUGAUCGACUUUUACUUGGUCGGUUUAUCAAGACUUAAUAUUUCAAUGGAUAUUACUCCACAUAAAGGAAUCGGUUUCUCUUCCAGUGAAGCAUCUGCAAUAAACUCUUCACUAUCCUUGCAUAAAGUUCAUCUAGACCCUACCUUAGUGGGUGAUUACAAACUUCUCAACAUAACCUGGUUUAAACCCCUUGCUCCAUCUCAAGCUCCUGCUAUUGCUACGCCAUCGGCAGAAGCACCUCCACUCUUGCCCUCAACUCCUACACAACUUGUCAAUUCAAACAAUGGGAAACAUCCAAAUUUGAUUCUUAUAGUUGGAAUUGGUGCUGGCAUGCUGAUCAUUGCUAUCAUUGCUGUCCUUAUAAUAUGUUCAUGUUCUUCUCGUCAAGGGAAUAAAAAAGCAUCUGCCAAAGAGACUGCAAAGCCAAGGACUGUUGAUGCACUUCCGGCAGCAGGAUCUAUUCGCCACCCAAGCAGUACACGGUUUCUUGCAUAUGAAGAACUUAAAGAAGCAACAAAUAACUUUGAACCUGCUAGUAUUCUCGGAGAGGGUGGGUUUGGCAGGGUUUUCAAGGGUGUCUUAAGUGAUGGCACAGCUGUAGCGAUAAAGAGGCUAACUAGUGGAGGGCAACAAGGGGGCAAAGAGUUUCUAGUUGAAGUUGAGAUGCUUAGUAGGUUGCAUCACCGUAAUCUUGUGAAACUUGUGGGUCAUUAUACCAGUCAUGAUUCCUUGCAGAACCUACUUUGUUAUGAGCUUGUCCCAAAUGGAAGUUUGGAGGCCUGGCUUCAUGGUCCAUUGGGAGUAAAUUGUCCUCUGGAUUGGGAUACCAGAAUGAAGAUUGCACUUGAUGCUGCUAGAGGACUUGCAUACUUGCAUGAAGACUCCCAACCUUGUGUUAUCCACAGAGAUUUCAAGGCAUCCAAUAUAUUGCUUGAGAAUAACUUUCACGCUAAAGUAGCUGAUUUUGGCCUUGCCAAACAUGCUCCCGAAGGCAGGGCAGAUUUCUUGUCUACUCGAGUUAUGGGUACAUUUGGGUAUGUAGCUCCGGAGUAUGCCAUGACUGGACAUUUACUAGUAAAAAGUGAUGUCUACAGCUAUGGGGUUGUCCUCCUCGAGUUGCUGACUGGAAGGAAGCCUGUGGAUAUGUCCCAACCAUCAGGACAGGAGAACCUUGUUACUUGGGCCAGGCCAAUUCUUAGAGAUAAAGAUCGGCUAGAAGAACUUGCGGAUCCAAAGCUUGGAGGGAAGUACACAAAGGAAGAUUUUGUACGGGUUUGCACGAUAGCAGCGGCUUGUGUGGCCCCCGAGGCAAGCCAAAGGCCCACAAUGGGAGAAGUGGUACAGUCACUUAAAAUGGUGCAGCGCAUCACAGAGUAUCAAGAUGCCGUGUUGACUUCCUCUAACACCCGACCCAACCUCAGGCAGUCAUCUACCACCUUUGAAUCAGACAGGACAUCUUCAAUUUUCUCUUCUGGUCAAUACUCUGGUUUAAGUGCCUUGGACAUUGAUAGCAUCUCUCGGACUGCUGUAUUCUCUGAAGAUCUUCAUGAAGGCCGAUGAGGAUUUUACAAGUCAGUUGGUGAUUGUUGUUGGAAAUUGGUCAUUCUUCUGUAAUCCACUGUGGAGAACUAUUGUUCAGUUUUCCCCUAGGCAGCGGUCGUUCUACAUGGUGGAUGAACAUUGUGUACAAAAGCCUCUUAGCUUCUUAUACUCUCUCUCUCUCUCUCCAAAUUUUAUUAUUGGAUUGACUUUAAAGGGUUUUCAAUCGAUUCCUUGGCAUCUUAGUUUCAUGUGAUAAUGGUGGUGUUUGGUGUGGCUGUUAAAACAGAUUAUAGAUUAUAGCUUAACAGAUUAUAGAUUA